UUUUGAAAUAAAUAAGAAUGGAUAAAAAUUACGGGGAGGUGUUCGCUUUAUAUGCCAUUUCGCUGAUGGGCCUUUCCUAUAGAUUCUACAACCAAAAUAUUACUUCAGUUGGCAAUUCUAUACUUUGUUAUCAAAAUGGCGACAGAUGAUACUACAGGUGCUGGAGGUAGUGCUGUUAAAAAAGCUACUACUAGCACCAAUAAGUUUGCUAAACUUAAUCGCUUGAGAGAACUUGAAAUGAAGAUGAAUGAAGCUAGAAAAUUAAAUCAUGCUGAACUAGUGGCAGAGGAUGAACGUAAAAAGAGACCAAGUAAUUAUGAGUCUAAAAGAAAAUGGUUAGAAUGGGAGCAAGAACAAGAGGAGAAGAAAAAGGAAUGUUCUGCUAAGGGUGAAGACUUUGAGAGAGUUAAAUUACUAGAAGUCAGUGCUGAUGCAGCUGAGAGAUGGGAUAGGAAAAAAAAGAAAAAAAAUCCAGACACAGGUUUUGCUGAUUACGAACAAGCAACUUUCCGUCAAUAUCAGAGGCUGACUAAACAGAUAAAACCUGAUCUUCAACAGUAUGAAAAACAAGGUCAAAAGCUGGGGGAUGACUUCUAUGCAUCUUCUGAUACACUUGGACUACAGGAUCACAAAGACUCUGAGGAAGCUAUUGAUAAAAUGGUUACAGAUCUUGAGAAACAGAUUGAAAAAAGAUCUAAAUACAGCAGACGCAGAACAUUUGAUGAAGAAGCAGACAUUGACUACAUUAAUGAACGCAACAUGAAAUUCAACCAGAAACUGGAAAGGUUCUAUGGUAAAUACACAUCUGAAAUAAAACAGAACUUGGAGAGAGGAACAGCUGUAUAGACCAUCAACCACUUUCUUCUAUUUAAAAAAAAAAUGUUUGUAGUAGUUCUUGUAAAGAUUCUUCUGUGACAUUUUAAUUUUGCAAUUUUUUAUGACAGAAAAAAGUGCUAUUCACUGCUAUUGCUCUAUGUUGAAAUAAAAAGGUUUCAAUUAUGUCCAAUCAAUAUGCCCAUCGGUCAUGGUAUGUAGUGAUUUCAAAAUAAAAGUAAUACUUAAUCAAUCAUUUGCAUAAUACUUAGUUUGAUAAGUAAUGUAUUACUUUUUAGUCUCAGAAAGCCAAUCAUAAAUAUAUUAUGCCCACUGUUAUUGUCAACCAUGAAAAAUAUCAAUUGUACUGUACAUGAUGAAGAUGGGUUGGAUAUUAAAGUAUACAUUUUUUAAUAUGCAGUCUUAACUGGCAAUAAGAGCAUGGUUUUAUUAAACAGCUAGCAAAAUAGUCCAGACUUUUAGUAAAAAAAAAAAGUCUUUUUUUUUUAUGUUAGUUAACAUUUUUUAUGUUUAUUUUAUUUUUUAAGUCUUAAUCACUUUUGUAAAGUUUUUUUUUUUUUUUUUUUAAGUCUUAAUCACUUUUGUAAAGUUCAAUUUCGACUAGACAAAAUAUUGUGUAAAUAUGUGUAUAUGUUUGGACAGUUAUGGUUGAGAGAACAGUUUAAAGCUGUAGCUUAGGAAUGUUUAAAUAAUGAAUGAUGUAUGUAUGCCAUUUGGUCAAUAAAGUAUGGAAACCA